UUUUUAAUGCCAUUGCUUCGCGUUUCGUGAUUGACGUGAGUGUCGUACUGCAAUUCUCAAUAGUAAACUGCAUCGUAAAGACCUAUUGCACUUUAUUUAUUUCUACUGAUAACUUAAAUUUCUAAAUAUUUAAUUAAAAUGUGAUUAUUUUUGAGAUACGAGAAGAACUGACUGAAUUUCAAAAUGAGGACGCGGCUGCCUCGGUGCCGCAUCUUCUCCACCCGAGUCGUGGUGCUGUUCUCCAUCCUCCUGGGGUUCGGAGCGUACUGCUAUUACUACAGCAUCCCAUCGUACCCGAAACCAAGAGUCAGCUUGAACAAUGCCCUUGAACUGGACCUCAAAAGACCUCCGAAAUUCUUCCAUGAACCAAUACGUCAAGACCAGGUAAAUGAAGAUGUAUGCCCGUUGCUCAAAGAGAGUUCAGCCGAUAUCGACACCGUUUUAAUCUAUCCAUCAUUCGACUUCCAGCCGAGCUGGAUGAGGACGAAGGAGUUUUGGGAGCAGUCCUUCGAGGACCGCUACGAAAAGAUUAAAAACGACUCUCGCCGACCGACAUUGAAGGUGUUCGUCGUGCCCCACUCUCACAACGACCCCGGUUGGCUGAAGACAUUCGAGCAGUACUUCGAAUGGAAGACAAAGAACAUUCUGAAUAAUGUCGUCCGCAAACUGCACGAGUACCGCAACAUGACCUUUAUUUGGGCCGAGAUAUCCUUCCUCAGCGCUUGGUGGGACCGCGCACACCCCGUCAAACAAAAGGCAAUGAAGAAACUGAUCAAAGAAGGUCGCCUUGAGAUCACGACAGGAGGCUGGGUGAUGCCCGACGAAGCCUGCACUCACAUCUACGCUCUUGUCGACCAGUUCAUUGAAGGUCAUACUUGGCUCAAAACCAACUUGGGCAUCACUCCCAAAAUUGGAUGGUCCAUCGACCCUUUCGGCCACGGGCCUACCGUGCCUCACUUGCUCGAUCAGAGUGGCCUCGAAGGCGCCAUCAUUCAACGCAUCCAUUACGCGUGGAAGCAAUGGCUGGCCCAGCGACAAAUCGAGGAAUUUUACUGGAUACCAGGCUGGUCCACGAACAAACCUAAUCUAGUCAUUCACAACCAACCCUUCGACAUUUACUCGAUUAAAAGCACCUGCGGUCCGCAUCCCUCCGUCUGCCUCAGCUUCGACUUCAGGAAAAUACCUGGCGAGUACUCGGAAUACAUGGCCAAACAUGAGGAGAUCACCGAUCACAACCUCCAGAGCAAAUCCAAAACCUUGAUAGAAGAAUACACCCGCAUCGGCUCCCUGACUACUCACAACGUGGUCCUGGUGCCCCUCGGCGAUGACUUCCGCUACGACUACGCUUCCGAAUUCGACAGCCAAUAUAUCAAUUACAUGAAAAUGUUCAAUUACAUCAAUAGUCACAAGGAUCAAUUUAAUGCUGAGGUCCAGUUCGGCACUCCUCUUGAUUACUUCAAUGCUGUAAAGGAAAGACAUAAUAAAAUACCAACAUUGAAGGGAGAUUUCUUCGUUUAUUCAGAUAUUUUCAGCGAAGGCAAGCCGGCGUACUGGUCCGGAUACUACACCACCCGGCCCUACAUCAAGAUCCUCGCUAGGCAGCUGGAACAUCAGCUGCGAACCUCUGAAAUUUUAUUCACGUUGGUAGCAAAUCAUAUAAAACAAUCGUCUGAUGAAAAACUCGAUGCUUCGCAAAAACGUUUGGAGAAGUCCUACGAACAGUUGAUUAUCGCCCGCAGGAACCUCGGGCUCUUCCAGCAUCACGACGCCAUCACUGGAACGUCGAAGGCCAGCGUAAUGUAUGAUUACGGAACUAAACUUUUCACAAGUUUGUAUCACUGCAUCAGGUUGCAAGAGGCUGCCUUAGCAACGGUCAUGUUACCUGACAGUACGAUCCACAACAAGAACGUCAUCCAAAGCGAAAUCGAAUGGGAGAACUAUGGCAAACCGGUUAAGAAGUUGCAAGUCUCGUUGAUUGAUAGGAAGAAGAUCGUACUAUUCAAUCCUCUAGCAGAGCAGCGAACCGAAGUAAUCACCGUUACCACCAACACCACCAACAUCAGGGUUUACGAUACACGUAAGAAGGAAUACGUUCUGUAUCAGAUCACACCAAACAUCGAUGUGCGCGAUGACGGCAAACGGAUUCUAAGCGAGACCAAUUUCGAAAUUCUGUUCAUGGCGACGCUACCCGCGCUGACCUCCGUCACCUUCAACCUCGAGGAGCACACUAACCGAUCUCAUCAUUGCGAAGUAUUCUGUCUCAGUUGCCAGAACGAGCCCAAGAACCCAGAAGAGAAACCUCUGUUUGUCACGAAGAAAAUGAUGCCCGGAGAUAUUCAACUCGAAAAUUCUGUCCUGACUUUAUUAAUCAACAGAAACACUGGAUUUCUGCGUCAGAUAUAUAGAAAAGACGUCAAAAAGAAGAAUGUGGUUGAAAUGCGGUUCGGUGCCUAUCAGAGCGCUCAAAGACAUUCAGGCGCCUAUUUGUUCAUGCCCGACUACGACUCGCCAGAGCGGAACGUGUUGCUCCCGUACUCCAACUGGAACAACCAAAACGACGACAACAUUAUCAUCGUGUCCGGCCCGAUCUCCACCGACAUCACCACCAUGUACUUGCCUUUUUUGAUACACACUGUUAGGAUAUUCAACGUAGAAGACCCAGUACUCUCUCGAGGUGUCCUUAUAGAAAACGUCGUUGAUUUUGGGGACCCACCAAAGAAUCGAGAGACCGAAUUGUUUAUGAGGAUUCAAACAGAUAUACAGAACGGCGAGCCCCCAGAAUUCUAUACCGAUCAGAAUGGAUUCCAAUAUCAGAAAAGGGUAAAGAUCGACAAGUUGGGGAUCGAAGCCAACUACUACCCUAUAACGACAAUGGCAUGGAUACAGGAUGAGGAAACGCGCAUGACCUUGGUCACGAACCACGCUCAGGGCGCCUCGUCCUUCGAGCCCGGCUUGUUGGAAGUUAUGUUGGACCGUAGGACUUUGUACGAUGACUUCAGAGGCGUCGGGGAAGGAGUCGUCGAUAACAAGCCCACCAUUUUCCACAACUGGCUUUUAUUGGAAUCCACGCAGGAGCAGAGGCCUAAGAGAGACACGAGUGAGAAAGGAUAUAAACAUGUCAGCGAAAGGCAAUUCAAUCCGAAUCAAAAGGACUCCGCAUAUGUAUUGCCGUCAGAAAUGGCUGAUUAUAUGAGCAGGGCGAUGAACUACCCGGUGAAUGUUUAUCUAGUGGAUACGAGCGAGGUGGGAGAGGCGGAGGUGAAGUCUUCGCAGACGUUCGUGAAGGAGUUUCCGGCGGGGGUGCACCUGUUGACGCUGCGCACGAUCAGCGAUGAGGUGCUGGAGCAGACGCCGAGCACGCGCUGCUACAUGGUGCUGCAGCGCUCCGGCCGCGACUGCCACGUGGGGCUCCCGCUCAACAGAUCUGCCACCUUCUCUACCCGGACAGAGUUCAACGGCCUCCGCAUCCACAACCUCACUGCCGUCAGCCUCACCGGCUUGAAGACCUACGAGGACCUCGACGGACUACAUAGCAUCAAAAUGAAACAGAUGGAGGUGAAAACAUUCAAAAUCCGGUUUUGAAGACUGUUUAGACAUUAAGUUGGUUUGUACGUUUUUACUUGCCUAAAUAUUUUUUGGUGAGAUUUGAAUGCGGGUGAGUAAUGAAAUGGUGCAGUUUUGAUGGAAACGAGAAGUCUGUGUGUGGCGGCGGCCGCCGAUUGGUGCAAUUGGUGAAUCUCGAAAUUAUUUAAUAUUCUAUCGGCUAUUUGAAAAAAAUAACAUUAAAUUAACAAGUAAAUUUAUUCUAUUCCAAUCUCAUAGACCUAGUAUCUAGGUAAAUCUACCUCAGGACCAAAUGAUAUACCUGUUUGAAUCUGAAUGAAAUAUACAAUUAAAAUAAAAAUAAAUCAAUAAUAUCAUAUUAGUUUAAUAUUCUAUUUAUACCCAGAUUAUGGUCGCUCUCUCUAAAUGAUAACCAAAAAUUGCUCGCGCAGUAAAAUGGUUAUAAAGUUUAUUUAAUAUGUACCUACAAAUACUAAUUAAAGAUCUCUAUCCUAAUUUGAGGUUGAUGAAUUUGUGAUGGGAAGUCCUAAAUUUUCACGUGGAAUUAACUAAAUGCCGAAAAAUUUGAUGAUAUCCUAUAGAAUUUCACUUUAAAAUUAGUUAUCGAUAUAGGAAUAUAUCAAUGAGCUUUAUUUAAAUUAUGUUUUCUAUCAGUAAGAUUAAAAAAAGAUCGUUUACACUAUAACAUAUUAAAAAAUUAAUGUGUACAUUAUAAAAAAAAUAUAAAUAUUCUUAGCUUCCAAAGUAAUGUAACAGCUUUACAAAUUGUCAACUGUCGCAAACGUUAGUAAUAUGCAUUAUCUUAGGCUGUCAGAUUAAAAUUAUCUCUGUAAAGUAUAUAACUAAUAGACAAUAAUUAUAUUUCCCCCCUAUUUCUGCAAUUAAAGCAUUGAAUACAAAAAAUUAAUCAAAAGUUAUAGCACAAUCUAUUAAUUUUUGAGUGGGAGUGUAGGACAGUACCUAAGUAUCUAUAUAAUUAGAUGCUGUUUGUAUAGUGGAAACCAUUAUGUUAAAGUACACAUUUUUAGCUAGAUAUUUUUAGUGUUAAACCUUUAAAGAUUUAUAAUUUUCAGUCGGUAAAUUUUUUUUCGGAAGAGUAUGUAAAAUAUGAAAAUAAAAUUCAGUAAUAUGAGGUUAAAUUUAUUACUAUUAAAUAUACCUAAUAUUUGAUAGUAAUAAAUUUAACCUCAAUCAUAAAAAUAUAAAGCAUAUUUCAAGCUAAAAUAUGUUUUUUCUCGUUCUGUCAAUGUCAAAUAUUGUAAAGUGCGUUAGUGACAAACAUAUGUAUUUGAGAAUUUUAAAUUGAAAUGAAAUGAGAAAAAGAAGUGAAUUUAGGAUCUCCAGUUGCCGUAGAGCGGCGCAUCAACCUCAGGACCCGUGAGCGCUCAUUUGAAGUCAUUUAUUUGAAAAAUAUUUUUCAUAAAUUAUACAACUACAAUAUUACUGACAUCAACACUUUUAGAAAACAAUUUUAAUAAUUUUCUUGUAUAUUUAUAAUUGAUUUCAAAUGGUGCUAAUGGGUUCUCGUUAGCCCUAAUAUUUCCUAAAUUAAGUUAAAUAUAAUUUAUAUAGAUAGCCUGUGAUAAAUGCUGUUUUAUAAAUAAAAUAGGACUGUAAUCAAAUCACUGUAACCCGCCCCGGUGCCUCUUGGCUUUGAAUAGUUUAUGCUAAUUUUAAGCCGUCGGUGAG